UAUUAUGUGGACACAUAUUGUACAGUUUCAGACGUAUGCUACCUGUGAGCGAGAAUCGUAUGGAGAAUAUUGUAGUUAUUGCUGUUUUUCUUUCAUACUUUUUAUGUGAGGCUCUUGGUGGAGAGCAAUGUGAAAUAACGUCACAGAGCUUGACCGUUACCCAAUACUGUGAGGUAGGCGGAUGUUGCAUCCCUGGUAACCUACAGAGGUUGACAAAAGAAUCCGAACUCUGCUGCAUGAGUUCUCUAUUCCUCGUUCUCAUCGGUGUCUUUGUUGGCAUUCCGAUCUUCCUCCUCAUUGUGAUUUUUCUGGUAAUCGUCGUCAAAAGAUGUGUUAAAAACCGCAAACCGACGACGCUUACAUCGCUAAACGUCACCGAGACCGGUAUGCCACAAUAUCAGCCUAAACCACCUGACUACACGCAUGCGCAUGUGGCUGCAAGAUGUCCAGCCUACUCUCCAUCCAGAACCUGGCAACAACGUCCGUCAUUGGUACUUCCGGGAGCUAUUAGCCAAUCAACUGCGUCACAACACGUGCAACCAGUUCCAUCAAGUUCACGUGAUAAUACAGACCAAUCAAACUUACCCACGUCACCGCCUCCACCUUAUUUCUCGCGUGCUAGCGGAUGUGUGUCGCCGGUGGAAACUGCAGGGUCAAGUCUUUUGACGUCUUCCGUGUCGGCCCUGGAAUUACAUGGUAGAUCCUCGUCUCCGAUAGUGAUGGAGGAUUUAACAGAUACAGGGAACGAGGAACAACAGAGCAAUAACUUAGCGUUCAUUUAGCUCGUAUCUAGUUCCUUCCGUUCCUGUUUUUCUGUUUAUGUUGUUUUAGCUUCUCUGGAUCAAUCAGAAGAAAGUUGACUUAAAAGUUUUCGUGCCAAUUCUUGUAUUUAUUUUACAAUUUACGUAUAAACUGCUAAUAUGCUUGCUCCAAACACGAUUGUGGAUGCGUAAUGGUUGUAAAUUAAAGCGUCGGCAACAAGACUUGCAAAAUUGUAGCGUGGUAAUAUGAUUUCCAUCCAGGAUGAGAAAUCGUGCUAGAGGUGAGACAUCGAGGUUAUUAUAGAUGAUAGAUGGAUGUCCAAUUAACUUUAAUGUGUGAUUUGACAUACAAUGGUAGCAUAUUAAUCACUGUUAGCGUUUCUGUCAGCUGUUAUAUAGUAGUGUUUAAUACAUAUUUAUAUCUGUCAUGUUAACGUUUUAUGUAAGUGUAACAAUGACAAACAGGUAUUCAUUCGUUGGCAGGUAGGUUAAGCAUUCUGUCUACAGAAUUAUUUUAUGUAAUAUCAAAACCGGUAAAAUAAUUUUUAAGCUUGCCAAUCAUAGCCAAUGCACAAUUUCACAUUAUAAUGAUAAGAUCAUAAAGAUUUGAUUAUCAUUGUUUAUUAUUUGUUGUUUACAUUUUCUGUUUUUGUAUCAUACCAAAACAUUUCAUUUUAUUAUACAUGUUUUUAAGUUGUGUUAAGCAGUGAAAACUCCUACAAAUAUAUAACCUGCAGAAGUAAUCUUUCCUCUGGAGAACUACUUCGUGUUGAGAAUAUGUUAUAGACAAAUACAUGCAGAUAUAUAAAAAACAAUAAAACAAUUUCAAUAA